AUGAGCGAGGACAAUACUCGACCCGUUGCACGCGUUGUACUCACGGGGUUUGGACCUUUCAAGGAUAUUGUCGUCAAUCCAUCGUUUCAGAUCGUCCAGGCUCUACCAGAUACACUCAAGAUUUACACAUCCAAAAGUAAACCACAGACUAUUCAGUUGCUGCGUCAUCCAGACGCCAUCCAUGUCGCGUAUGAAACGGUUGUCGAGCUCAUCCCACAGCUCUACGACUUGUAUGCGUCUGAAGAUGAUGGACUACCUCCUCCAUAUUUCAUCCACAUCGGUGCAGGAUAUCUCGGUCAAUAUGAACUCGAGUCGCUUGCACACCGAGAUGACUAUUCGCUGCUGGACGUCGACGGCAAGUCUCCCCCGCUCCAAAAUGCAGAGUUUUUGGCGGGAUCUAGGGUCGCUGGUCAAAAACCCCUUGGCGCGAAUGUACCGCGGGGCUUCCCCGUCUUUGAUCAAGCCGCUGAGCCCAUCCUCCGCACUUCGAUUGACGUGAAUGCCCUGGCAGAGGCUGUACGUCGUGAUCUUCCAGACUUGCCGAUGCCUGUGAAUGUGUCGACGGAUGCUGGCCACUAUCUGUGUGAUUUCAUCUACUACACUUCGCUACAUCAAGCUGUCAAGCGGUUUGGAGAACAGGGGACGAGGCGAGUGCUGUUCGUACAUGUGCCCCCAAACGGCACUUUGGAGGAUGGUAUUGCGAAGAAUCCAAACGCGGCCGUCAAAACGAAUCAUAUACUGGCAAAAACAGAGCGGGCGGCGUCUACACGACGUCGUCCCGCAGAUGCGACCAAUGCUGCCUAUAGCACGACCACCGUUGCCAGUCUAGGCUUUCUAGACAACCAUUUGACCAUUCCCGGCUACAAGUUCAGCAAGGCCAAACGAUGGAAUGACAUUGGUUCAUCUACCCUCCUCGCUACUGGUUUCGACCUCAAAUCAGGUUCACACGUCUUGGCAAAGAUUGCACCCGCCCAUUCGAACAGCGCCAUUUGUCUAGGCCGUGAAGUCAUCAUCAACAACCAACUUUCAUCCAUGCCAGAGGGAACUCGCAUUGCACUUUCCUUGCUCGAGACGCUCACCAUUCCCAAAGCCGCGGGCGACUGCGAAGUCGUGAUCUAUCAUAACCCGGGCUUCAACGCCCUCGGACGCUAUUUCCCACCCGGAACGAUCAAUGACCUCUUACUCCCCUGGCAUCCUCGCUCUACACCUUCGUCAAACCAUCGCGCCUCGUCCAUAGACGCAAACGACGGCAAGCGCAAUCGGGCGAGGAGAGAGAGACUGAGUAAGAACCUGUACGGACUUAAAGUAGCAGACUUUGAUGUCGACAUGGACUCUGUAGGGUUCCUUGACCCGACAGAAGCCGAAAAAGACUCCGAGGACGAAGCCCAAAUGGAGGUAGACGACACCGCCAUGCAAUCCACAACAACGAUUCAGGAACUAUCAGCACCACGGCACGUAUCUCGACCAAGCGGAAGCGAACCAUGGACACCCGCAGACUCCUUGUCCUUUUCCAAUGCCCAAAACUCUACGCUCGACGUCAUGGAUCUCGCGUCUUUUUUGGAAUUUGCAAUCCAUAGCACGCAUUGUCUCGAGAUUUUACACAAAUCUGGACAUAAACAUCGCGAAGUCCGCGCAAAUGCCUUUCACGUAAACAUGCACACGGGUGCUGUUCGUUUUGCGCAUUUUGGGAAUAGGAGCGAGAGUUUGGAAAAGACGGGUGGACCGAGUCAACUCGUGCUCCGUGCGAGUGGACUUAUUCCGAGCGGUGGUGCUAUCGCCACUAUGAAUGGGAUGGGGAAUGGGAGUGGAGAAGAAGUAGGGAGUCCGAGAGAAGACGUUUCUGGGCUGGAUGCGCAAACUGGCAAUGUCGAAGACGAUGACGCAAGGAGUGACUCGGGGGAUAUACGUAAGGUCAAAGAGGCCAUUUGCUAUCUCGCGCCAGAACAGACGGGGACAGCCGAAACGAACACGGAAGAUCACCGCACUGAUUUGUAUGCGCUUGGUGUUCUCUUCUGGACUAUGCUGGCAAGUGUUGGUCAUGGGACCCUGCCGUUUGACGGGAGUCCUGUCGAGAUGCUGCACAAGGUUGUGCAGUCCAAGCCACGAGAGGUCCAUGAAGUUCGGCAGGACGUUCCGCCCGUCAUUAGUGCAAUUGUUUCAAAGCUGCUUUCCAAGUCUCCCGAUGGACGAUAUAAUUCAGCAAUUGGGCUGAAGAAUGACUUGAUGGAGUGUCAGAAGCGAUUGACGCUCAGUUGUGCAAACGCUGAAACCUCUGGAACAAGCUCACUUCGCGAGAUUGAGCUCAUACCCAGUUUCGAGCUCGGGCAACACGAUGUAUUUCUGGAAUUGACGAUUCCAGGUGACCUGUUUGGUCGCGAAAAGGAGAUGCAGCAAAUACGAUCCGUGAUACGGAGCGUGGCAGCAGCAGCGUCUGCACAAGUACAUACCGUCGAAGCAACGCUCAUGAAUGCGCGUGUGCAUCCGCAUGCAUAUGACUAUUCGUCGUUUUCGUUCAUGCCUUCGACGUCCAAUCCGGAGACCAUGUCCACCACCUCGCUCGCCCUGUCAAAUAUCAGCGUCGGAUAUUCGAACGCAUCGGUUGGACGACAUGACUCGGCACCGCAUUCACAGCCGGGUUCACCCUCCGGAAACGCGCUUGCAAGCUCUUCGGCAAGUACAAACGGUACUACACCCCACGCAAGUCAUAGUCGUAAAAUAUCGUCGUCUCAUCUCCCAGCAGGGAUGAGUAUGACUCUGGAUAAAACGGCCAUGAACGGUACGGUCAAGCAUGAAGACGAAAACCAACCGGAAACACCAGACGCGUCAGCGCCCAAAGCUAACAUCUUUGAACGUUCGGUGGUCAAACCCGGUCCCGGAGGUGUUACACAAAAGGAAAUGGGCGUAGGGACGAUGAUGACCGACGCUUCACCCAUCUCUGCAUCUGCCGUCUCGGUCCUUCACCGACCGAAUGGAUUCCCCCCAUUGGGCUCAUCUUCGGUCGUCAAUUCGACGAUCAGUCAUUCUAUACAUUCGCAUGGGACGUCGAAUAGCUUGAGUACCAUGUCGGGCUCGCCUGCGUCUAUUCGCGCUGGCCGGACGGCGCAGGCACAUGCGAUUGUGAUUGUUGGUCAGGCGGGGAUCGGCAAGAGCUCACUUAUCCAGAUGAAUCAGGCGUAUUGGAGGCGACAGGGCUUGUGGGGUCAUGCAAAGAUGGUCAAAGGAGACGCUAGCCCGUUUACUGCCGUGUUGACGUGUCUCUCUUCUGUGCUGAGACAGCUGAUGAUGUUCCAAAACGACCGCCAGGCAUUUGUCCAACUCCUCAAAGCUAGGCUAGGGGCACAACUUCUUAACAUCCCCCUCCUUUUCCACGGUGUACCCGAGUUGAGGGAUCUAUUGGCUGCCUUUGGGAUCGUUCUAGCUGAGCCAAAGGUCAUGCUCAGUACCGAAGAGCUAGGAGCACGUUUUCAGUCGCUGGUGGAAUGCGUAUAUGGAACUUUAGCGGAUGUCAAGUUGCUCGCAUUGUUUUUAGACGACAUUCAUUUCGCGGACAAAGCGACGCUCGAGCUCAUUGGGCUACUUUCCGAAUCUAGAUCUCGCAUUCUUAUCAUGACAACGUGCCGUGACGAUGACCUUCCGACUCUUGCACGUAUUCGACGUCUGUUUGCUAGCCGGACACGCACGACCUGGAUUCAAUUGCUACCACUUGAUAACGAGGCGCUAGGUUCGCUCGUCUCGACGACGCUCCAGCGACCCAAAGAGGAUAUUGCACCGCUCAUAAGGCUUGUAUCGCGUGUUUCUGGUGGAAAUCCGUUCUUGGCGCGAAAUUUACUUCAGACAGUGUGGAGACUCAAGCAUAUUUGGUACGAGUGGGGCGUGAAUAGUUGGCAGUAUGACCUGGAAGCGAUCGAAAAGACGGUGCAUGCCCAGCAGCUCGUCUCUGCUCCGACCGACAUUUCAUUCCUUGUCGCGCAUUUCCGCGAGUUAUCCAAGGAUGCGCAAAGAUAUCUCAUCUGGGCAAGCAUUUUCGGACCGAUGUUCAAAGCCAAUGAUGUGGCCAAUAUGAUGGAUAGCGAGAAGCGAAAUAGGAGUGACGAAGAUGAAUCGGGAUCAGCGGGCUCUUCGAGCGACCACGAAGCAGAUGGAGGAGCUGUACAUCCCACGGGAUAUAGUCGUCCCUCUAUGCGUGGACUUCAGCAAGUCGUCGGUCAGGGUUGGAUCAUUCCACGUGCAAGAGACAUGUGCAGCUUUACGCAUGACAAGUACCGACAAGCCGCUACACAUAUGGCAGGCCAGCUUCCCGAUAUCACCAUCAUGCGGAUGUGUCUCAAGAUUGCCACGUAUCUCAUGCAGGAGCCCGAAAGAGACGUCUUUCGUAUCACCGAGUAUGCUCGAAGAUGCAUUCCCCUCAUCCGGGAAGGGCCCGACCGAGAGGAAUUCAUCGAGUGCUUGGUUCAGGCUGCGGAUUCGUCAGCCGCGCGAGGAGCACACGAGCUCGCGCUUCAGGCGUUCAAGGACGCUCGUACACUUCUAGGAGAAGGCUCAUGGCACGAAAAUCCGGAAAAAACCAAAGAUUUGACUCUUAAACUGGCCGAGUUAUACGGCUCGCAAGGAAACUACGAGUCGUCAGGCCAUCUUGUCGCAGAGACAUUACUCCACGUUAAUACGCCCGAAGACCGUGCGCAUGCUCUCCGACUCCGCUCCAGAAAUCGAUUUGUGCAAAAGGAUUUCACUGGAGCCUACAGUGAUACAUGCGAGGCACUUGCCGCACUCGGCACCCAGCUGCCAACCGUGGUCACGAUAAUGGAACUUGAUGAAGCAUUUGACCUGCUCAAGGCGAAAAUCAUACAGCUCGGAUUUGACGAGUUGCUCAACUUGCCUCGCGCAACAGAUCAACUCACAGACCUUGUGGUGUCGCUCAUGAGCGAUGCGGCAACGAAUGCUUUUUGGGGUGCACCGUUUGGUGUCGCAGAUUUCAUCGGUAUCAAGAUGGUCAACUUGGCUUUGUCUGAUGGAAUCUCACCUUCCACCGCGCAAGGCCUGCUCUGGUGUCUUGGAGGCGCGGCAGAGCGUCGCCAAAUGUAUCGCUUCUGCUCUGACUUGGCCAAGCUAGCCCUCCAAAUAGCCUAUAGGUUUGGUAAUAUCGCCGAUAAAUGUCGAUGCGAGACCUUGUAUUGCGCUAUGAUUUCCGGCUUUGCUCCGGAGCACAUCAAGACGGUCAUGCCACGGAUGGAAAGCGCGAUUACAGAGGCGCGGUCCUCUGGGGACCGUGUAUACGAAGGCUUUGCUCGAUGUCACGGGUUGAGUCAGAGAGUGUUUUGCUCCGACCAUCUUUCCGAGCUCCUUUUGGCAGCAGAAGAAGUUGUUCACGAUGUCCGUGCUUGGACGGUCAACAGUGAUACAAACUCUUUAGCUAUGAGCAUGCUCAUGACCAUCCGUGCUUUGGCUGGCGAGACAAAUACUUGGAGCGCAGAUACCGCAUUUGACACAGACAAAUGGAAGGAGGCGCAUUUCCUCCACAAGGUGCACGAGUCCAGUGGAAACUUCGAACUCGUUAUGAACUGGCGAGUAUCAAUCAUGUACAAUUCGUUCAAGAUUGCCGGUCUUUACAGCUUGGGUUUCCACUCGAGGGCAGCCGAGCUUGGGUUUGAUAUUUACGCAAGUCGUCUGACGCUCCCAAGUCAUCGACACGUUCGAUAUGCUCUAUUUUUUCACUCUCUCGCAAUGAUCCAGUGUCUCCGCCAUGGAAGUAUCCCGCCGAUGCAACAAGAAAAGUACAUGAAGCAAAUCGAGGCAAACCAACGAUACAUUAGAGCUUGGGUCUCACCGAGUCCUAUUAACAAUAGCGUAUGGCACGCACUUAUAGAGGCCGAAUUGGCAUCGCUGCAGGAGAGUCCUGAGGCAUUCAAGCUAUAUGAUAGUGCCAUAAAAAUGGCCGUUAAUCAGGACUGGAUUAUGGAGGAGGCUUGGGCAUUGUAUUUGGAAGGGUCGCAUUUUAUCCGCUCCGGAGUCGAGGGUCUAGGUGCCGAGCUACAGGCUCGAGGAAUUGCUCGUCAUCGGCAAUGGGGAGCAUUCGGUAUAGUUAAUCAUCUCAACCGACACGUUCCUGUCAGCACCACGCCCCUCAAGAGGAACAUCUUCUCUUCUGAGGCAGGAGUCCAGACGGAUGGCACGCAGACAUCCGAAAUUCCAGUCGCUGCAAAGACCCAGACGGAGGAACUUGGCCUGCGGCGUGGCCAAGAUGCGACCUCGAUUCUUACUGCUUCAGAUCUGGCGGAUGUGCUCAAAUGGUCGCAAUCCAUUGCAUCGGACAUCAAUCUUACCUCUUCGCUACAACGAUUAACGGAGAUUGCAACCGAGCAUUCGAAUGCUCAGGAGGCCGUGUUUGUGAUGCGCACCGACGAGGGUGACUAUAACGUCGUGACAAGUCAAAUGCCACCUCAACCAUGCAUCGUCUUUGAACAACCAAAGUCUGUUCGGCGCAUCGGUGACUCUCUGAAGAGAGCCGUCCUCCAGCACUGUCUGAACAGUCGAGCUCAGGUCUUUUUUACCGACAGCGGAUUAGAACCUCGCUUCGCACAAGAGGCAGGCCAAUCGCGAACCAAGUCUGUCAUCUGCAUCCCGUUUGCCAACAACCUGGGUCAAACCUAUGGUGCCCUCUACUUAGGCAGCCACGAAUCUUUCUCGCAAACACACGUCGCAUUACUCACCCUGCUCUCCCAGCAAGCUUCCAUCUCCAUUGCCAAUGCAUUGCUGUUCCGCUCGGUGCAGCAGGCGACGAAAGCUAACCUGCAAAUGAUCCAAACUCAGAUACAGGCUUUGGAAGAGGCUCAGUCGAGUCGAGAGGAUGCAAUGAAGGCUACGAAAAUCAAAAGCAACUUCCUUGCGUCGAUGAGCCACGAGCUGAGAACUCCGUUCAGUUCUUUCUAUGGGCUGCUCGAUAUUCUCGGCGGUACUUCGUUGGAUGCGAACCAGAAGGAACUGGUCCAAACGGCUAAGCAGUCAUGCGAGUUGCUACUCAAGAUCAUCGACUCUAUUUUGGACUAUUCCAAGCUUGAAGCUUCGGCGCUCAAAUUGGAGCCUGUACCAUUCUUGGUCGAGGAUGUAGUAGCGGAUUGUGUGGAGCUCCUCCUACCACUGGCUGCACGCAAGCUCGACCUCUCGUUUGAGAUUGCUGCAGAUGUCCCGUACUGGGCACUUGGUGACUACUCACGGAUACGACAAGUACUCAUGAAUCUGUUGGCCAAUGGUCUCAAAUUUUGCGAGCGGGGCUCUGUCUCUACAACGUGCACUGUAGACCCCAAUAUACCAUGCAAAGAGGACGAAGUGGUGCUGAAAUGGGUUGUUCAGGAUACCGGUAUUGGCAUGUCAGAAGCGGAUAUGAAGAACCUAUGGCAGCCAUUCUCGCAAGCAGACAACUCUAGCACGCGACGGUUCGGUGGUACCGGGCUGGGACUCUCAAUUUCGUUGUCACUUGUCAAACUCAUGGGCGGCGACAUUGGUGUAACCUCUCAGCCUGGCGUCGGUUCAAGAUUCUGGUUCCAUAUUCCCAUGAAGGUCCUCGAGUCAGCAGAAACAAAAAAGAGCGAGGAAAAUCUCGAGACGCUCUUGAAGAAACUUCGUGACCCUUUGCCGCUUCGCAUACUCAUUUCAUCGCCAUCUGAUACGACAAGGUCGUGGCUUUCGACGAUUCUCAACCAGUUUGAAGUCGUGGCAGUAGCCAGUCUUGAGACUACUAUACAGCAGCUUCGUCAAGCGGCAUCUGCUGGCACAACGAUCGACUUUCUCAUCCUCGACUAUUUCUCACAAUCGCAGUUGGAGGAAAUUGCUCGGAUUUUGGACGCCCACCCCGUAUUCUCGAGUACCAAGGCCAUUCAUUUGUAUACACCAACACCGCUUGCUAUUCAACAGAUUGGAGACGCCAUCCGACAGUCUGGCUCCGCCGAGGAAGAGGAUACCACGGAUAGAGGAACAAUCGACAUGGCAUUGGCAUCUGCCACGGGCUUUGCGUCCACACAACGACGUGAGGCGCAGCUUGCGCUCCAGGCCAAAGCAGUGUCGUUUGGCCGGUUCGUGAGGAUGAAUAAGCCCCCACGACGGGCAAGAUUGCUGCAACUUUUGGCCAAUCUGAAGGAUAUUCCAGUCCCGGAUGGUGGCUUUACAGGGUCACAAAUCGAGCAGGCACUCGAGUCGAUGGAAUCUUCUCAGGAGCUACUCAAGACGGCAAAUGUUCUGAUUGCUGAAGAUAACCCUGUCGCGAACAAAUUACUCGUAAAACAACUGCAAAAGUACGAUCUAAACGUCGUAUCUACGAUGGACGGUAGUGAAGCGGUGCAAGAAUGGGAGAAAAGACCCCCCGGAUACUUUCACUUUGCUCUAUUUGAUCAUCAUAUGCCCAUUUGCGAUGGCGUCGAAGCUGCAAAGAGGAUAAGAAACCUAGAGUGGAGAAAAAGAGCAAAGAUACACCUACCGAUUAUUGCUCUCAGCGCAGAUUGUCAAGAGUCGACGAAAGAGCUAUGUUUAUCUGCUGGAAUGACUGGAUUCUUGACCAAACCUGUACGACCAGGUGAUCUACCUAAUCUGUUACGUGCAUAUGGAACUCCGCGAGAGGAGGACAUUAGACCUUCAUAA